AAAACAUUACAGCAGCGGAAAUGCGUGCAAGGCAUAGAAAAGCUCUAUGCGGCUGGAGUCUUAUACCUAAGUCUUAGAGCUCAAAGCUACCGGAGAUGGGCCAUGUGGUUAUUGAAAUCGUUAUGGAUCCGGCCUCUCCUAAGCCUUCAGUAUACCAGGGGCGCUCAAGCUGGCCUCGAGUUUUGUAGCGGGAAGAGCCAGCGGAAGCAAUUGCUACAUCCACUGAUGGCUAAUCGCAGCCUCUGCAUGGCCGGCUGCUCCCAGGACGCCUCAUGUACGUCUGGUACUUGUGCGGCAUGAACCGUGAAGUUGUGUUUAAAAGAUUGUUGAUGCUACCCUUGCGCCCUGGUAUUUGUAGCAGCAGGAAUCUCUCGCGCUGUCUCUCAAGAGAUUUAUGAUUUGAGAUGAAAGUACUGGGGGGGGGGGGGGGGGGAAGCAAACGCCACUUCAUUCCCCGAAAUAGGUUGAUGGUUAUUGCUUUUCACAAAGAAGUAGCUGUCGCUUGUUUGAAAGAUAAACACCUGAUUAGUGAAGGAGAGAAAAAGACAGUUAUCUGUGUUGAGGGGAAUAUUGCAAGUGGAAAAACAACAUGCCUGGAUUAUUUUGCCAAAACUGCCAGCAUUGAGGUUUUGACAGAACCUGUGCCUAAGUGGAGGAAUGUACAUGGUCACAAUCUUCUGGGUUUAAUGUAUCAAGAUUCAUCACGGUGGGGGAUAACGUUGCAGACAUACAUACAGCUUACCAUGUUGGAGCAGCAUACCAAGCCAAUGAUUUCCCCGCUAAGAAUGAUGGAGAGGUCAAUUCACAGUGCAAAACACAUUUUUGUAGAAAACUUAUAUCGAAGUGGGAGAAUGCCAGAAGUGGAUUACGUAGUGCUAACAGAAUGGUUUGAAUGGAUCGUGAAGAACACUGAUGUUUCGGUUGAUUUGAUAGUUUAUCUACAGACUUCUCCUGAAACUUGUUAUGAGAGAUUAAAGAAUAGAUGCAGAGAAGAGGAAAAGAUCAUUGCUAUGGAAUAUUUAGAAGCUAUCCAUCAGCUCUACGAGGAGUGGCUUAUAAAACAAACACUGUUUAGAGUUCCUUCUCCAGUGCUCGUGAUUCAGGCUGACAAUGACAUGCAGAAAAUGAUAGAAAAGUAUGAAGAAAAUCGGGACCGAAUAUUAACCCCAUACAAUAUGCAACACUGUCUGUAGAAAUCCAGUUUUAUGGUCAUGCUUUAAAAAACAUGUCCAUCAGGGGAAUUCUUAUCGACAUUCCCAAAUAUUUUUAGGAUGUGGUCUUUUGGUUGAGAUUUUGUCUUGUAAAGUGUCAAUGACUUUAGCUAGGAAAAGGCCACAAACAGGCCAUAUCCUGUUUACCUUCAGCUUCUUGCACUUUUAAGUUCCAGUGCAGCUUUACUGAUCUCCAACUACCUCUGACAGGAAGCUGCUGUAUCUCGUUUCCCUACUUCACUUCUGCAUUGUAUAAAUACCUUUCUGAUAUUGCAUUUUCUCAUGAUAAUGUGCUUUCGUUCACUCUAAAUAGCCCCAUAUAUGUCCUCUCAUGUAAUUAGAAGGCGGUGAAUAAGUCAAGCUUAUGUAGUCAGUAAGUGAGCAAAUUCAGUCCAAUUUUGUAACAAUUUUAAAUGGAAAAGCAAUGAAAUAACUAAUUAUGCUACUGUUCUCAACCACCAUUUUCACAAAAUAUCAUUAAUUGCACUUAAAAUAGGAAAACUAAACAGUUCAUUUCUUAAUUAUGGACCUGAUUCUAAUCUCACUUGCAUCACUGUAACUUCAUUGGCUUUACUGGAGUCAUUUCUGAUUUAAAUGAGAUCAGAAUCCAGUCCCAAUCCUGCAAAUACUUAUGCAUCUGAAUAGUCCUAUUGAAUUAAAUGGAACAGCUCAGGUACAUAAAGUUACUCAGGCUUUAUAAGAAUUUGGGGUCUAAGGCUCUCUGGCCCAGAUUUUCAGAAGAGUUCAGCAUUUAGCUGCUCUCAAUAAAAUUCUGACUCCAAAUGAAAAUCUCUUUUUUGAAAAUCUGUCCUUAAAACUUUUUGUAUCAUGUGACAGAAUUUUUCUCAUUACGCAUUGAAAUUAGGUAGUAAUUCUGACACUGAUUAUUUGAUAUCUUAAACUUUUUUAUUAUGUUCUAGUAGAUGUUUGCAUCAUGUGUAAGUUUAAGAACAUGUGAGAGGGCGGUACAUAGGGUCAUCCCUUAAUCACAGCUUCUCCUGGCUGCAGACAUCAAGAAGAGAGCAGAGAACAUCUAGUGAAAGUUAAAUUCUCACUUUAUUUCUUAAACUGCUCUGUGAUGUUUUUAUAGAUCACUUAUUAUUUACCCUCUCAAGUGCUGUCUUCAAGUUGGCAUUUUUAACGGAGCGGUCUUAAGACUAAUUUCACUUUAUUUUCUCUUUAAAUUGGAAGGGAUGAUUCUUUGUUCAUUCUAUAAAAGUUUGGUUUCUUUGAACUAGUACCAGCAGCAUUAGAAAUGCUUCCAGAAACACCUCUGCUUAAAACAACAUAGCCCAGUGAAGUAAAUGCUUUUUUUGCAUGUGUCAUAACUGUAUAGUCUUAAAACUAGCUCCGUGUUUAGCUCAGCUAAGAUGUUUUUGUAAAUUUAAAUAUGCAGUGAUCAAUGUCUAUAAUGUGUUAGAAACACAGAGGAUAGUAACUUUCAAAUACAGAAUUCUGUUAUGUGUACUUCAUUUGGUUAAGAAUAAUAAUCAGAUACUACACAAAGGUGUAUCUUUAGUUUUCAUUGUAGUCGUGCAUAGUUAAUUUAUAGUUUCAUUGUAGUCCUUUAUUUAUUCAGUUUCUACUUGAAUUGGACUGCUGCUAAGAGAGGAGGCCCUGUGUCAUGGGGUCCACUCACUACUAGGGCACCUCCUCCUGGCUGCUCUGGGGAUUAGCUCUUUCCAGGUCCGUCACAUGCUUAUUUGCACGCCCUGCCGUCUCUCUCUCUGACUCCAGGUGCUCUCCCUUCAUGGCUUGUUCCUGCAGUCAGGUCACUAUGUGUUUUCCCACUUCUGGGGUAUCAGUCAUUCCAUAGAAAACUGUCUCCAGCAGUUUUCUCCAUCACUACCCAGAUAGUACCAGUGCCAUUUCCCCAGUGGCUGGUAGAGGAACCCGGGCCCACCCUUUACUCCAGGUUCUUACUCAAGAGAGUCUCUACUCAAAUGCUAAGGUCUGUACUAUUUUAAAUCUUGCUGCUGUUUCCCUGAGCCUUUUCCUACAUUAUCUCUCCCAGGCUUUCACUCCACCACCCUUUUGGAUAAACCCUUCCUUCCGGGCCUGAAUCCCCCUGGGGUUUCUGCUUUCUCCCUGCAUUUCCUUCCUUCCCUCUCUAACAUCCAGAAAAUGACUAGAGGCAUUAGGGCUCGCCUCUCCAGCCUGAUUCUCCCCCAGGUGUAGCUGUGAGGUUAAUUAACUCCUUCCCAACUACCUUAACCCUGUCAGGUGAGGGUGAGGAGAACACUCCAUCACACCCUGCUAAUUGCUUCUAUAUAUAUAUUAUAUAUUUUUUUUACAUCAAACAAGAUUUUUGUUCUCUGUUUAUACAAUCUAAUGCUGGUAGUUGUGCAGCAAUUGUUUCUGAGUGCAACACUAAAUUAAUUUUCUAAAGCAUGUGAAUGCAGUGCCUAGGUUCAGUGGUUCUGUUCUAAAGCUUUAAUACUCUAGCUGAACAAUAAGAUCCAACAUUUCUAACUGCUUAAGUAUAUUAAUCAAAGUUUUUAAACGUAGAGGGAAAAAAGUAAUCCUGUUUCAGUGCUCACUGAAAACACACAAGCUUGGCAUACCCUAAGAGAGACCAAAAACAGCCAACUCCUUGGAGAUUGUCCCAUAUAUUUGAAAUGUUCAAUUAAUUAUAUAUAUUUUUCCUUAACAGAAGCCCUUUAGUGAGCAGGCAGAUUUUUACUCCUUUCAGUCUUGAUUCCAAAUUCACUGUGUAAAUUAAAAUAUUUCAGCAGAAUGGCAUUGUUUUGGUUAUUUGCUCAAAUUGGUUGUGGUUACUCUGCCAAUGUUCAGAGAAAAAAAUGUGACAAUCAGAGUAGUGUGUUUUAGGAACUGCUUUUUUUGUGUUUAUAAAAACUGACUCAGUGGAGCACCGGAAGCCUAAAUAUCUCUAUCAGACAGUAUCCCAAGCUCUCUUAAAUCCCUGCCAGUUGUUUUUUGUUUCUUCCUCAAACAAUUUGUUUCAUAAUCUCCUGCUUUCUAAACCUGUGCUUACUAUCCCUAAACAAAUUAUAAUUUAGUGUUUACCUAUUGUCUUUGCUUAAUGUGUUUUUAAUCUUCUCUGCACUGAAAUUCAAUUUUCUUGGUUCUUGCCUUUUCAAGAACAUUUGUUCUAAAGCUAACUUAUGCUUCUUCAGCACCCUUAAUUCUAAACAGUGCAGGGUUAUGGGUGUGAUAUGAAUGUUAAGGGGGAAAAAAAUGACUCGCUCAAGACGCCCAGAGGGAGAGCUUGUGUGAGUGAGUGAGUAGUAUCACCAACUACCAGCCUAAGAUCUGCCUCUGUAGUGAUCAAAAGAGAAUGUUUGUAAUCCAGGGCAUGGAAAUGGAGCCAUUCAAAGGGGCUAGCUCUGUGUAGCAUGUGGCUUUGGGAAGAGGCUGGGACUUAAAUUUGUGACCAAAAGAUAUCCAAUCAGUAAGUAAAUCCCCAUUUAAUCUACAGACAGUCGGUGCCAGCUGUAGCACAAUUAAAGUCAGCUGCUCACAGAAAGAUACACACACAUUUUACCAAAACAAAUCGACUCCCUUUAGCAAGAGAUAUAUGCAGCCCUGGUAUUGCCAUCAGCUAAGUUCAGUUGCUGACUGUGAUGUAAUUUAACUAAGCAAAGAGAGGUGCAGCAUUCAUUAGAACUUGUAUGCAGGAGCACACUAGCUGAUAGGAUCGUAAAUUGCUUGGCCCUUUAGAAACCACCCUUGCUGUCUGUCCCCAGUUUCUGGCCAGAGAUGAUGCAUAACUGUUGAUAGUAGGGGGCACAAUUUAAAGCAGAGGUUUUUUAAACUUUUUAAGCUGAGGUUCCCCCCCUCCCCACUCCGAGUUACAAUUUUUGGUUGGGCCCCCCACCACCCACCCAGACAAAAAUAGGCGAGUGAGGGGUGGAGGUGACACUCCCUCCCUGAGUCCUGCCAUACGGGACUGAAGCCUGAGCUACUGCUUUCCCCCUGAAUGGUCUUCUGUGCCCCCAUAGGGGGCAUGCCCCAUAGUUUGAAAACCUCUGAUGUAAAGGUUCUGGUGGUAUGCAGCGGGGUUGAGGGCAGUGCAUAAAAACCCUGGUAGAAAUUGGCAGGGGGGUGGAUGGACAUGACCCCACGUCCCCUGCCCCAGGCAUUCCCUUUCUUUCUGUCCAUUUAUAAAAUAGAAUUACAGACUGCCUCUGUCCGGUCUGUGCUGUCUGUGUAGCUGCUACUUGACCAUCUCAGAGUUUCCACAGGUGCAGUGAGAAUACACAUGAAGUUGAAUGCACACAAAUGGCACACAGUUCAAGGCCCAUAUAAAAAUGUGGCUUAUCCCCCCAAAUCACACAAAUGUCAUUAAAUGUUCAAAUCUCAAAAUAUGGCCACUUUAGAUCUGCCGGAUUAUGUGCAGGGAGGAUUUGAUUUAAAUCAAAUUGAUUUAAAUCAUGAUUUAAAUCACUAAUCAGGAAGACUCAAUUUAAUCAUGGAUUUCUACAUAAAAGUGCAUUCUUGUUGGUUGUUAUAACCUUAAUACAUAUUCUUCACAACUCAGAGAUAGAUGUAGAUUUCAUUUUUAGAAGGUACACACUAUACAUCUUUAAACUGAUUUAUUUCAAAAACUUUUCAGAUUAGUUCUACAGCUAUAUCAGAAAAUGAAUGAAUGUUUGGUUAUUUCAUUUACCAAAGGUAAUUGAAACAACUAUUUUUGAAGUCACUGGGAGGUGAACAAUUUCCAAUUCAACAGGUUAAUCAUUAAUAUUUGGAGGAUUUUCUUGCCAUGCUGUAUCAGGAGGAGAACAUCACCAGACAGAUAUUUAAAUUGUUUUAUUUAACUAAAACAACAACAUUAAGUAUUCUGGAUUUUUUUUUCUUCAACAACAAACAUAUAAUAUUUUAACAAAACAAGCAUAUGUCCCUUGCUUCUCACAUUUAUCUCCAGACUUCUUCUCCUUCUCCAGAUCUAUUCUGCUCCCAACAAUCUUCUAUUCAUUGAACUUUUUGAAACUUUGCACUUUUAGAGAGAGGUAAGGGAUUGACUGUGUACGCAAAUUUGCAGAGGGACAAUAGGAUUGAGGUCUGUUAUUUCUCACCUCUAUAUAUUAUUUAUUUAAAUAAUUUAACAAGCAUGUUACCUCUGGAGACACAAAUCCAAAGUUUGAGAACUGCAAAACUAAGCAUUUCUGAUGGUAUCUUCUAGACUGAGCACUGAGUCCCAUUGAGUAGAGAGAAAGAUUAACCCAAAUAAUCUAUAUUCCAGAAGCUUGUGGAACCCCAUAAGAUUGGAUCCCUAAUCCAUGAACUAUUGGAACACAUUUACAAAACUUUUCUUAAGCAUUACAUGAAUAUAUUGUCUCAUACUAUAGAAUUAGAAUUUAUAAUCUCUAUUCCAUGAUGAGAUAUUUUUGAGCUAUAAUGUGUCUUAAUUAAAACUAUCUUUAGAUAGGUUUUUUCCCCUCAAAAAGCUUUUUAUCAAAAAAAAUCCCAUUUAAAUAAAAUCUCAUUAAAAAUGAUUUUUAUCCAUUCUGAUUAUCUGUAAUUGAGGUAUGUGUUCAAAAUGGGUUUAAAUUUAGUUUUAUUAUUGAAGCAAAUUCAAUUCUAUGAUUUGGUGACUCAAUGUAGUGUUCUGGGGCUGCGUGAAGUGCGGCUGCUGUCAUUGAGUUGAGGCAACCCUUCUUUUAUGCUUUCUGUUUGGACUUCUUUAAGUCUUGCCUCUUUUUCCAAAUGUAAUUUAAGUUUUCUAUUGGCUUUAUCACAGUCAUCUCCCUUCGCCAACCUGGCCCGCUCAGACCUACUCUCUUCCAGCAGCGUUAUCCAUACACCUCUCUGGAUAUCUCUACACCGCAGCUAACACCAAGCCUCCCAGCUCAGAUAGACAGACUUCUGCUAGCAGGGCCUAAAGUAGCAUGCUAAAAAUAUCUUUGUGGAUGUUGCAACCCCCAAGGCUUAAGAGCCCAAGCCCCAGGCCAUGCCACAACAUCUCGGUCUAUCCAGGUCUGUCUAUUCAGGCUGAAGCCUGCUCCCAGCUGCUGUGCAGAUGUACCCUAUGUGUCUACAGUACAUAUCCUCAUGUGUGGUAGGGAUGGUUUUUGCAACUUCCCAGUCAGAGCUCCCUUUAAUAACUUUUGCUAGACACAAAGCUUAAAACAGAAGAGGAACUUUAAUAAUCCCCGGGGGGGAAUGCAUCUUAUAAAAACACAAUACACAAAACAAAGUUUAGCAAGAACAUGAACGUGGACUUGCAAGACAUAAAAACAGAUAUUCCUGUGUGCGUAUGUGUGUAAUGUAAACUUCCCUCAGAACUCAGGAGCAAUCCUAUCAUUGACUUCAAUGGAGUCAGUGUUUUACACACGCUAUACUGUUAAAACUAACAGCUUCAUUGCAGGGAUUCUCCAAUGACUUUUUCAAAGUACAGAGCUUUCCCUGUUGGAGUUCCUCAACUUUCCUGCUAGCCCACUCGUUCAUUCACCCCAUAAGAAUCCUGUUUUUCUUUCUCUUGGCACAGAAAUACAGUUUUACAAUCCAGAUGGUGACAUUAUAAAGAACUUGAAUAAAUGAUCAGCAAAUAUUUCUCUAUAUACAAAUAAGCAACUCUAGGAAAGAAUUGGUAUUGGAAAUAUCUACGUUGUAAUACCUUUUACUAAGGAGGAGAUUGCUUAAGAUUUCUGAACAAUAUAUUGAGCUUAGCAUUAGAAUACAUUUCUGUUGUUCUGCUUUAUACCAAGCACUAUUUUUGAAACGAUACUUUCAGCAGUCAAAUGUACUGUGUGAACAUGCACUAUCAGAGAACAGCACGUGUAUCUAAAUGAACAACAAUUCAAAUAAAGGUAAUAGUUGCACACUG